CAAGGUAACUUGUUUGAUAUUAUCGUCAAUUUUCGUUUAUUUAUUGUAGCGCUAUCUGCAGACAUUAGACAAAUGUUUCUUUGUAUUGGCAUUCGGGAAUCGGAUCGUAGAUUCCAAAGAUUUUUAUAUAGCCUUUCUUACAGGAUGGACUCAUCCGAGUAGGUGGUCGUUUGAGUCAGUCCAACUUAGGAUUUGAUCAAAAACACCCCAUAGUUUUACCGCGUAAGGGCCACAUCCUUGAUUUACUGGUCGAUUAUUAUCACAAACUUCACUGUCAUGCUGGUCCCGAUUUAUUGAUGUCAAUACUUAGACAAAGAUAUUGGAUACUUUCCGCACGUAAUUUGAUUCGCUCAAGGGUACAUAAAUGUGUGCCCUGUUAUAGACUUCGUCCGCGUCCCAUCGCACCUGAAAUGGCUGACCACCGUUCUUGUCGCGUUGUAGAAACCGCUAAACCUUUCGUGCAUACUGGUACAGACUUUGCUGGACCCUUUAAGGUCACCAUCUCACGUGGUCGGGGUAUUCGUUCAUCGAAAGCAUAUGUUUGUCUUUUCGUGUGUAUGACCACUCGUGCUGUUCAUAUAGAACUAGCCAGUGAUUUGAGCACGCAUAGUUUCAUGGCUGCUUUUAAAAGAUUUUUAUCGCGCCGAGGUCCUGUAGGUUGUAUGUACUCAGAUAACGGUACAAAUUAUGUGGGUGCCAAACGCAAUAUUUCGGAAGUUCACGCUUUUUUGAACUCUAAAUACUACAAAACUGAAUUCGCACAUAUGUUAGCAGAAAAUCGCAUUAAAUGGCAGUUUAAUACGCCCGCCGCAAGUCACUUCGGCGGAAAUUGGGAAGCAAAUAUAAAAAGCCUUAAAUCCCAUCUUUAUAGAGUUGUAGGGUUGCAGAUUCUCACUUUCGAAGAGUUGAGUACCGUGCUCACUCAAAUAGAAGCCGUGAUGAACACACGUCCGCUAUGUAGGACACUGUCUGGCGACCCAGCUGAGCCGUUAGCUUUGACUCCGGCUCACUUUUUGUCGUUGACGCCGCUUAAAUAUUUACCCGCUAGAGAUAUUGACGAAGACAGGCAGCAUAUUCUCUCGCGUCACUCUCUUUUAGAUAAAUUAGUUCAGUCAUUUUGGAAACGUUGGAAAACAGACUACUUACAUACGCUACAAUCGCGCCAAAAAUGGAACACUCCAUCCAACCCAAUCGUUGUUGGAAAAGUAGUAAUUUUAAUGACGGAAAACGCGCCCCCGCUACAUUGGCCUUUAGGAGUAGUGGAGGAGGUUUUUCCUGGUUCAAAUGGAGUGAUUAGAACUGUACGCGUUAGGACCGCAACCGGAUCGUAUCUACGCCCGGUUAUUCGCCUCUGCCCUUUACCUAAUUCACAAUAGAAUAACUUCAGUAUUAGAUAUAAGGUAUUCGUUAGAUUUAGUUUAAUAUACAUAGAUAACAUAGAUAUAGAUAGAUAGAUAGAUCUUCGCAUAGGUGUUUGGUAGGUUAGCUUUUUAUUUCUUGAAGGUAACCCUUCAAACUGGGGGGGAAUGGUUGCGCCAGCGUCAUAACAGAUUUCUAGAUAAAUGUUUUAUAAUAAUAUGGCAGCUAUGACACUUUUCCCUUCCCCUUCCUCACCCAUCCCCGCGCCCUGGAUUGGCUAGUACGAGUGACGCGGGCACACAAAAAGUAAAGAAGAAAUACAUGGCGGUUACCUAGCGCGCGCUCCGCAUUACAGAAAUAAGUUAUUUGUGAUUUAAUUAUUGAGAUGGCCUAAGACCUUAUUCUCAUACAACAUCAGUGUCAGUGUAUCACAGUGUCGUGCAAGGUAGAAGAUACACCAACUGGCUUCAAGCACUUUUAGCAGCCGUGAUUCGGACGACUCCAUCCUCUCCAGGUACGGCGUUUUCCUUCACAAUUUCCCUCGGGUUGUGUUCCUUUGUUUCUUCCCGCCACGACCCGAGAAAGUGUCAUAGUUGAACAACGCAAAAACAGUCCACACUCAUUUUUGUAUUAGGUGACCGUUACAAUUUCGGUCUACCAACCGCAUAGCGCAACCAUUAUUUAGUGGUCCAUUUCGAGCUGGAUUCUGAACUUACAUCGUCUCAUAUUAGUAAUCUAGCAUUAUUUGUAUUUAAUUCCAUAGGGAAUUAACGCACCGCAAUUAAAUACUUAUUUAAUAUAGUAGAAAAACCCGCAUUUAGGUAUUUAGUUAUAGGUAGAUUUAGAUAGCCUAGGUAAACGCCAUCUUUGUAGUCACACACAUUCGCUAGACGCUGAAUGCGUAGAAAUUAUAUUUAUUUAAUUGGUUUUUUCGUAUUCGAAAACGCAUCAUAGAUAUCGUAAGAUUUACUUUGAACAUUGUGAUCUUGUGAUUAGCUACCUUCCCAUUAUUUUUAUGUUCACGAGUUAUUCACUCGCUUCGCCAACCGCAUUUGAACAUACAAAUACCUACCAAAUUGGUCUGUUUUGAUUUAUUUGAAUGAAUAACAUAAUACAUAUGUACAUCGUUCGUGUUUAAAUAUUUGUAUGUUAUUAUAUUUUAUUAUCAUUUUUGAUUUAACUAGGACAGAGGCAUAACCUAGGUCGUUUGAUAUUGUCUGGUUGUUUUAUUCUUAACGCGCCAAUAAUAGCAACUUUUAUAGUAGUAGCUGUCUAACUAUUUUAAAUAUUAUUAUUAUUAGUUUAUAAGACGACGAGCGCUGCGCUUGCACCUCGCCGCGCGCCCCCUCGCCCCUGCGUCGUUCGUCCGCCCGCGUAAUAUACUUUAUUCACAAAAUUAUUUGAUUUCCCGCGCUGUUUUGCAGAUUUUAUUUUGUUUCUUUACCUAUUAGUUUUAUUUAAAUUUUAAAUAUGCCGCCUAAAUCUAAUAAAUCCGAGAACGAUUUGAAGCUUUUGUACGCUAAGAGGGAUAUGAUUUAUUCACGCGUGCAAACAAUUUGUGAUAAUGCACUUAAGAUAUCCGACUUAGCAAUACGAGACUCAUUUCUUUGUUCUAUUGAAAACAUAGACGAUUUGCGCGCGGAUUUCGAAAGUAUCGUUCAUAAUAUCAACGCAUUGCAAUUAGAACUAGAUCCUGAUUACGCCGUCAGUUACUCUGUUAUGUCGUCGUUUGAUGAUCUAUAUUGCCGUAUAAAACGUGUCGCUAAAUCUUUAGGAAAAAUACCUAGCGCCGGGUAUUCGCAAACGGAACCUAAGUUCACCCGCGAUAGACCUAGACUACCGCCUAUCCACAUACCCGAAUUUAAUGGGGACAUCCGUAAUUGGGGUUUAUUUAUAGAUAGUUUUGAAAAUACAGUAAAUCAAAAUGAUCACUUAACCGAUCACGAAAAAUUACACUACUUAGUAGAAAAACUUACCGGCAAAGCCCGUGCGGCUUGCGCGGGAAUUACGUUUAGUGCCGAAAACUAUUCUUUGAUUUUGAACACACUCAAAGCCAAAUAUGAAGAUAAACGGUUGAUAGCUACCGCGUACCUGGAUCAGUUGUUCGAAUUAAAACCUAUUUUAUCGUGUACCGAACAGAAUUUGGAGAAAUUCUUAGACAUAUUUGCAUCAUCUGUUCGGGCUAUUAGAAAUCUCAACGUCAAUGACCUCAGCGACUUUUUAUUUUUGUACAUUGGCUUAAAAAAGUUAGAUUUCGAAACUGUUCGCUUAUUUGAAACGAAUCAGGGUACUAAGGGUAUUGAAUUGCCGAAAUUUAAUGAAUUGGAAUCAUUUUUACGUAAUCACAUAAGAAUACUUCAGCGUACUACGCGACCUCACGAGGUCCCGAAAAGACAACCAGAAAGGCAUUUAGAAACGUCUUCAAGACCGCUUAGAACGACUCAUAGCUAUGUAAAUACCGCGGCGUUGCCUGCGUCCGUGCCCGCCAAGUCGACUUGUUUUCUGUGCAAAUCUUAUCAUACACAGUUGUAUCAGUGUGCUGAGUUUUUGAAAUUGUCGCCUAAAAAUCGUUAUGAUUUUGUUCGCACAAAUAACUUGUGUUUAAACUGCCUUAGUGAUAAACAUCGCGUUGGUGUGUGUAAUAGUAGCCAUAGUUGUCGCAAAUGUUCGUUGAAGCAUCAUACCUUGCUUCAUUUUGAUAAAAAUAAUAAUAUAGUAGCCAAUAGAACUACAAGCGCAGGUAAUCAACCAAUGUAUGGUAACUCGUCGCUAGCAGUAUCAAGCUCGGAGCACUCGCAUGGUCGAACUCACGCUGGCGGCACCGCACGUUGUACGACACAUCUCGCGCGUCCGACGUAUUCACCCGCGCUUCCCGCCGCUGCUGUCGCUGCCGCUCGCACAGACAGCUCCGCAGCUAUCAACUCGGACGGCAACACAAAUGACGUCACAUUAUGCUCGCUGUCUUCCGCUCGCUUACCUACAACUGUUUUGCUUGCGACCGCUCGAGUUGUAAUGGUUGAUACUUAUGGCAAACCGCAUCUUGUUCGCGCCCUUUUAGAUAGCGCCUCACAGAGUAAUUUUAUUACUCGUGAAUGUUGUCAACGCCUUGGAUUAAAAUAUAGUAACCAGCCUACAUGCCCCGUAGUCAAGGGCAUAGGGGGGUCUACUAAGGACAUCCAAGGGUCCGUAAAAAUUAAAUUUGAAUCACGUUUUAGCUCGAAUGUUUCAUUCGAAAUAAACUCGCUGGUUGUAGAUAAAGUAACGGAGCAACUUCCUACUGUUUCUGUAGAUACCUCGUUGUUAGCUAACUUUGAUAGUUUGCCGUUAGCCGAUGAUACUUACGCCGUUCCAGGAGCCGUCGAUAUUUUGAUUGGCGCUUCGAUUUUCCCGCACCUCCUGCUGCCACGUAAGGUUCAAGGUCAUUCGGCGAACCCCGCACCGCACGCUUUGGAAACUGUUCUCGGUUUUGUUAUAGUUGGAUCCGCACCCGCUCUUAUAAAUAGUUACUCGACCGUAUCAUACUGCUGCGCCGUCGAGCCGCCACUGGACUCCACCGUCCGCCGCUUUUGGGAAAUUGAAGAAGUAAAUGUUCCGCUGGUUAUGAGUCCUGAUGAUAAGACCGCUGAGGAUAUUUAUUGUAGCACGACCACCCGCGAUGAAAGUGGUCGUUAUAUUGUUGCACUCCCGUUUAAGGGUGAUACCUUUUCGCUUGGUGAUUCGCGCCUAAUGGCCGAAAAACGCUUUUUUUGUUUAGAACGUAAGAUGAUGGCAUCUCCGAAGUUGAAAAAGGCCUACGACGAUGUCGUGAAUGAAUAUGUAGAUAAGGGUAUCAUCUCACCUGCUCCCGCUGUACUUGAUGAGACGCAAAAUGGUCCCUCUUAUGUCAUCCCGCAUCAUGGUGUCAUUAGGGAGGAUAAACUCACCACAAAAUUGCGUGUUGUUCUGGAUGGCAGUGCUAAGACUAGUACUUCUGUUUCUCUAAACGACAUCUUGUAUUGUGGUAAAAAUCUUCAAGGUAACUUGUUUGAUAUUAUCGUCAAUUUUCGUUUAUUUAUUGUAGCGCUAUCUGCAGACAUUAGACAAAUGUUUCUUUGUAUUGGCAUUCGGGAAUCGGAUCGUAGAUUCCAAAGAUUUUUAUAUAGCCUUUCUUACAGGAUGGACUCAUCCGAGUAGGUGGUCGUUUGAGUCAGUCCAACUUAGGAUUUGAUCAAAAACACCCCAUAGUUUUACCGCGUAAGGGCCACAUCCUUGAUUUACUGGUCGAUUAUUAUCACAAACUUCACUGUCAUGCUGGUCCCGAUUUAUUGAUGUCAAUACUUAGACAAAGAUAUUGGAUACUUUCCGCACGUAAUUUGAUUCGCUCAAGGGUACAUAAAUGUGUGCCCUGUUAUAGACUUCGUCCGCGUCCCAUCGCACCUGAAAUGGCUGACCACCGUUCUUGUCGCGUUGUAGAAACCGCUAAACCUUUCGUGCAUACUGGUACAGACUUUGCUGGACCCUUUAAGGUCACCAUCUCACGUGGUCGGGGUAUUCGUUCAUCGAAAGCAUAUGUUUGUCUUUUCGUGUGUAUGACCACUCGUGCUGUUCAUAUAGAACUAGCCAGUGAUUUGAGCACGCAUAGUUUCAUGGCUGCUUUUAAAAGAUUUUUAUCGCGCCGAGGUCCUGUAGGUUGUAUGUACUCAGAUAACGGUACAAAUUAUGUGGGUGCCAAACGCAAUAUUUCGGAAGUUCACGCUUUUUUGAACUCUAAAUACUACAAAACUGAAUUCGCACAUAUGUUAGCAGAAAAUCGCAUUAAAUGGCAGUUUAAUACGCCCGCCGCAAGUCACUUCGGCGGAAAUUGGGAAGCAAAUAUAAAAAGCCUUAAAUCCCAUCUUUAUAGAGUUGUAGGGUUGCAGAUUCUCACUUUCGAAGAGUUGAGUACCGUGCUCACUCAAAUAGAAGCCGUGAUGAACACACGUCCGCUAUGUAGGACACUGUCUGGCGACCCAGCUGAGCCGUUAGCUUUGACUCCGGCUCACUUUUUGUCGUUGACGCCGCUUAAAUAUUUACCCGCUAGAGAUAUUGACGAAGACAGGCAGCAUAUUCUCUCGCGUCACUCUCUUUUAGAUAAAUUAGUUCAGUCAUUUUGGAAACGUUGGAAAACAGACUACUUACAUACGCUACAAUCGCGCCAAAAAUGGAACACUCCAUCCAACCCAAUCGUUGUUGGAAAAGUAGUAAUUUUAAUGACGGAAAACGCGCCCCCGCUACAUUGGCCUUUAGGAGUAGUGGAGGAGGUUUUUCCUGGUUCAAAUGGAGUGAUUAGAACUGUACGCGUUAGGACCGCAACCGGAUCGUAUCUACGCCCGGUUAUUCGCCUCUGCCCUUUACCUAAUUCACAAUAGAAUAACUUCAGUAUUAGAUAUAAGGUAUUCGUUAGAUUUAGUUUAAUAUACAUAGAUAACAUAGAUAUAGAUAGAUAGAUAGAUCUUCGCAUAGGUGUUUGGUAGGUUAGCUUUUUAUUUCUUGAAGGUAACCCUUCAAACUGGGGGGGAAUGGUUGCGCCAGCGUCAUAACAGAUUUCUAGAUAAAUGUUUUAUAAUAAUAUGGCAGCUAUGACACUUUUCCCUUCCCCUUCCUCACCCAUCCCCGCGCCCUGGAUUGGCUAGUACGAGUGACGCGGGCACACAAAAAGUAAAGAAGAAAUACAUGGCGGUUACCUAGCGCGCGCUCCGCAUUACAGAAAUAAGUUAUUUGUGAUUUAAUUAUUGAGAUGGCCUAAGACCUUAUUCUCAUACAACAUCAGUGUCAGUGUAUCACAGUGUCGUGCAAGGUAGAAGAUACACCAACUGGCUUCAAGCACUUUUAGCAGCCGUGAUUCGGACGACUCCAUCCUCUCCAGGUACGGCGUUUUCCUUCACAAUUUCCCUCGGGUUGUGUUCCUUUGUUUCUUCCCGCCACGACCCGAGAAAGUGUCAUAGUUGAACAACGCAAAAACA